AUGUCGACUAGACCAGGAUUCGAUGUUGCUAACAUUGAUGUGGAUAAAAGGGCAGUCGCUCACCAAGAGUUCGUGAACAGAUGCGUUUUAUCAAAGAAUCUUAGAGUGUUGUUUAUACCAAAUUCUGAGAAGCUUCCGACAAAGGAACUAGUGAAAAAAUUUUUGAACGAAAUAGUAAGAUACAAGAACGAAAAGGACUCCAAUCCUCUAGGCUGGGCGAAACCAGCGGGCAGUUUCAAAGGAACCUCGAAUUUUAGAGCAGAAAUGAGCUCCAGUUUUUGGGACUUUUUUGUGGAGACAGGAAGAAGGAAUUUAUUAGAGUACAAUAAAUCGAAUCAUUGUGCUGUAAAGAAGUAUAAGGCCACCACUAUGGCAAUCAUGCUAGGAUGGGACUUCUCAGAUUGGAAAGGAGCCGCGAUUAAGACUAUGUUGUCUGAUGAAGAGAAAUCAGAUUAUGAUGACUUACUCAAAUGGAAAUCAAUAACAUUGGAGACGUUAUUCGGUAAUAAUGAAGUGGAGGAAGUCGUCGAACAUGCUGAUGUGAAUAAUAGCGAUCCUAAGAAAGAUGAAGGUCCAGUCACUGAGGAGCAGCGAAACAAGCGGAAGCGUGAUGGUGAUGGCUUAGAAACAAAUAUGCAAAAAAUGCCACGUUGUGAAGAAGUUGCUACUCCAAAUGAAGAAUAA